AGCAGCUCGGACCUAGACCGUUGCUUGAAGCUUGAAGAAACAAUAAUAUGCUCACAGUCUCACAAUUUCACAAACUUUCCACUUGGCUCACUUCCUUCACCACUCCAUGAUCAGCACUGACAGCACUGGUAGCCACAGCCAUGAACCGCUCCAACUCGACCGCCUCCAACGAAUCUUCUUCUGCUGGUGGGUCUAGUUACAUGCUCGAGUUAGACAAUGAACAUCAUGAUGUAAGCAACUUGGCUCUGCCCAGAGUUGCCUCAAGAGUUCAGCUCUAUCCUACCAUUGAAACUUCCGAUGCCAGCGGCUCAUCUGGAGCGGCAGAGGCAGAAGCAGAGGAGUCUUCCGGUCUGCGGCAUUCUCCUCGGCACCAAAGCAAGAACAGCAGAAAGAGAAACUCAGCUCCACUGUUGUCCUCGUCAUUGCUGCUACCAGGAAGCUCCCACCACAGCACUACAUUGGAUGAACUUGCCAAGUCCAUCUCGGGACUUCAGUUCAACAGUAGUAGUAGUAGCAGCAGUGAUGGUGACUUUGCUUCUUCCGUACCAGCACUGAGAACAGCACAAAGCCAGCAUUCUGUGAACUCUACGCCCAAGAUUGGGUUUGGCUUGCCACAAGAAGAGAGGAUAGACAGGUUGACGCCGGAUGUGGUAGGGACAAAUUCCUGCACUGACGUAGGAGCCACUCGCUCUUUGCAUUCUACCAACAAUGACGCUACAGCCGCUUCUCGAGAGGAUGAACCAAACGACAAGCUCAAGGCCAACCAAACUAUUAUUGCUACUGCUACCCAAGAAGAAGAAAGUACAAGCUCCUUGGUCCAACAGCUGGAAGGCAACUUCAGACAAACGACGACUAGUACCAAUGCUAGCGGUAUUGCUGAUUAUCUUUGUGUCAAGAUCAAGCCUGACGGUCGCCCCUACCUACAGAUUGGUCCAGAUUUCCGCGUGGACUACAUUGGGACGGCUGCUGUGACCAAAAAGGCAAUACGGAAUCGAGAGCCCACAUUGAAUGUGGAGUGCAUAACUUGCCAAGUCCAAAUGACCUGUCUGGCCAAGGUGGACUACGUCUUGUGUGCCAGCUGUCAGACCAUUUGCCCAACUUUAGGCAUGUCAUCGUCAUCACCCUCCACUACUACCGGUACUACGAAUAAACAAGCAUCCGCAGGGAUUGGACUACGCACAGAAGUUGUGGCUGCCUUGGUUCCCACAGAGGCAACCGCAGCCUGACAGUGAGUCUGAUGGUUCCUUUCUUUUCAGACGUUUUCCUCCAAGCCACUUGCAUUCUUAUUUCAAAAACCAACUUUAAAGAAGCCAACACAGGACAAAAGAAGGGACAACACAACUUUUUAGAUAUAUUGUCGAGGUCGCUUUCUUUUGGCCACGGGCUAGGGGAACGCUUAUUUUCUAACAAGUACUUUAGAAAGUAUAGAGAAGAGGGAGUCCAAUACAGCUCCAAUACAGUACAGAGCCCCCUGUAGUGGUCGUUACUUUGAGUUGCU